UCUCCCUCCGACACCCUGAAAGUCUCUCAGUGAGGAAAACACUCUCCCAGCUCCGCCUCGCUCCCCGGACCUCGCGGACUGGAUGAAACAUGUAAAGUGGACUACAACAGCUGCACCAUGCACACCUGCGCCUUCCUGUUGAUUUUGACUGUCCAGAUCUACGCCGAUGGCAUCGAGGGGCCAACAGCUGCUGGCUGUACAUUCGAAGAGGAUUCGGACCCCAGUCUGUGCGACUUCACCCAGGGGGAGGAUGACGACUUUGACUGGCUCUUGUUUCGCACAUACAAUUCACCGUAUGCCGGCUCCGACCUCCUGAAGGGAUCUUACAUGUUGGUGAACUCCUCCCAGCAUGCCGUGGGUCAUCGUGCUCAGCUGCUGCUGCAGUCCCUGAGUGAAAAUGACACGCACUGUGUCCAGUUCAGCUACUUCCUGUACAGUCGCGAUGGCCACAGUCCCGGAGGCCUCAGGGCGUAUGUGCGAGUCAACGGCGGUCCGGUCGGAAGUUCAGUGUGGAACACGUCCGGGUCUCAUGGAAAGCAGUGGCAUCAGGUUGAGCUGGCUGUCAGCACCUUCUGGCCUAAUGAAUACCAGAUUCUGAUUGAGGCAACGGUUUCCAGGGAGCGGCGAGGCUACAUUGCCAUUGAUGACAUCAUGGUGCUCAACUAUCCCUGCUAUAAGGCACCGCACUUCUCCAGGCUCGGAGACGAGGAGGUCAACGCCGGGCAAAAUGCCACUUUCCAGUGUGUGGCUGCUGGAAGGGCAGCCGAGGCCGAGAAGUUCCUGCUGGAGAGACACAACGGGGACAUUUUCACAACAGCAUCGGUCAAGCACCUGAGUCACCGGCGCUUUGUGGUAUCCUUCCAGCUAGACAGCAUCCAGCGGACAGACCAAGACCUUUACCGCUGUGUCACUCAGUCCCCCAGGGGCUCCGGAGCCUCAAACUUUGCUGAACUCGUCGUCAAAGUACCUCCGUCCCCAAUCGCACCACCGCAGUUGCUGCGUGCCGGCUCCACUUACCUGAUCAUCCAGCUCAACACCAACUCUAUCCUGGGAGACGGCCCCAUCAUCAGGAAGGAGAUUGAGUACCGCGCCAGUCAGUCUCCGUGGUCGGAGGUGCACGGGGUCAACAUGGUCACCUACAAGCUUUGGCAUCUCGAUCCGGACACGGAGUACCACAUCAGUGUGCUGCUGACUCGCCCCGGAGAGGGAGGAACUGGGCCUCCAGGACCGCCGCUUGUGAGCAGGACCAAGUGUGCAGAGCCCAUGCGUGCACUGCGGGGCCUCUCGGCCACCGAUCUCCAGCCCAGGCAGUUGUCCCUGCAGUGGGAGAAUUUGGCGUUCAACCUGACACGCUGCCACACCUACUCAGUGUCCCUGUGCUACCGCUACACCACGGCGGGAGGUGGUGGCGGCCACAACACCACCGUGCGUGAGUGUCUGGCAGUGGAACACAAUGCCUCGCGCUUCACGCUGCGUGAUCUGCCACCCUACCACGGCAUCCAUGUCCGCCUGUCACUGGCCAAUCCGGAGGGGAAGAAGGAGGGAAGAGAAGUCACCUUCCAGACCGAGGAGGACAUUCCCGGAGGCAUUGCACCGGAGUCGCUCACCUUCACCCCACUGGAUGACAUGAUCUUCCUCAAGUGGGAGGAGCCUGUUGAGCCCAACGGCCUCAUUACACAAUACGAGAUCAGUUACCAAAGCAUUGAGUCGUCUGAUCCAGGCAUCAACGUCCCAGGACCUCGGAGAACAGUGUCCAAGAUGAAGAAUGAGACCUACCACAUGUUCUCCAACCUCCACCCUGGAACCACUUACCUAAUCUCUGUCCGAGCUCGCACGGCCAAGGGCUUCGGCCAGACCGCCCUCACUGAAAUCACCACUAACAUCUCAGCUCCCACAUUUGAUUACGGAGACAUGCCGUCCCCCCUGAGUGAGACCGAAAGUACAAUUACUGUCCUGCUGCGUCCAGCUCAAGGUCGAGGGGCACCUGUCAGCACAUACCAGGUGGUGAUUGAAGAAGAAACCGUGAAGAAAGUGAAGAGGGAGAUCGGGCUUCAGGAGUGUUUCCCUCUGCCCAUGUCUCACGGUGAAGCCCAGGCCCGGGGGACACCACACUACUACACAGCCGAGCUGCCACCCAGCAGCCUGCCAGAGGCCAGUCCCUUCACUGUGGGCGACAAUCACACUUACAACGGCUACUGGAACAGCCCUCUGGAUCCACGCAAGAGCUACCUGGUCUACUUCCAAGCUAUGAGCAACUUCAGAGGGGAAUCCAGAAUAAACUGCAUCCGCAUCGCUCGCAAAGCCGCCUGCAAAGACCACCGCAAGGCUUUGGAGGUGUCCCAACACUCGGAGGAGAUGGGGCUGAUUCUCGGGGUGUGCGCGGGGGGCCUGGUGGUCCUCAUCCUCCUGCUGGGUGCCGUCAUCAUCAUCAUUAAGAAAGGGAAGCCAGUAAACAUGAAUAAGACGCCCAUUACGUAUCGACAGGAGAAGAGUCAUAUGGGCUCCAUGGAGCGUAGUUUCACCGACCAGAGCACCUUGCAGGAGGAUGAAAGGAUGGCUCUUUCCUUCAUGGAUGCACACACCUGCGGCACUCGAGGUGAUGCUCGUAGUUCAGUGAAUGAAGCCAGCAGCCUGCUGGGAGGCUCCCCGAGGCAUCAGUGUGGACGUAAAGGCUCCCCCUACCACACAGGGCAGCUGCACCCUGCUGUCCGAGUGGCCGACCUCCUCCAGCAUAUCAACCAGAUGAAGACUGCCGAGGGCUAUGGCUUUAAACAGGAAUACGAGAGUUUCUUUGAUGGCUGGGACAGCACAAAGAAGAAGGACAAAACCAAAGGGAGGCCCGACACUUUGCUGGGAUAUGACCGCCACAGAGUUAAGCUCCACCCUCUCCUGGGAGACCCCAACUCAGAUUACAUCAAUGCAAACUAUAUUGACGGCUACCAUCGAUCCAACCACUUCAUCGCCACUCAGGGACCCAAGCAGGAGACUCUGUAUGAUUUUUGGAGGAUGGUGUGGCAGGAGAACUGUUUCAGCAUCGUCAUGAUCACUAAGCUGGUGGAGGUUGGCAGGGUGAAAUGCUGUAAAUAUUGGCCGGAUGAAAGUGAGAUGUAUGGGGACAUUCAAAUCACUCUGCUGAAGACAGAGACACUGGCUGAAUACACAGUCCGUACAUUUGCCUUGGAGAGGAGAGGAUACUCAACCAAGCACGAGGUGCGUCAGUUCCACUUCACAUCCUGGCCUGAGCACGGGGUGCCCUAUCAUGCCACUGGACUGCUGGCCUUUAUACGAAGAGUGAAAGCCUCCACGCCUCCUGACGCUGGCCCGGUGGUCGUCCACUGCAGCGUGGGGGCGGGCCGCACCGGCUGCUACAUCGUGCUGGACGUCAUGUUGGACAUGGCCGAGUGUGAAGGCGUGGUCGAUAUCUACAACUGUGUCAAAACCCUCUGCUCUCGACGCAUCAACAUGAUCCAGACAGAGGAGCAGUAUAUCUUCAUCCACGAUGCCAUCCUGGAGGCGUGCCUGUGCGGAGAGACGGCCAUCCUGGUGAAUGAGUUUGCCGUCACCUACAAAGAGAUGCUGCGGGUGGAUUCCCAGAGUAAUUCCUCUCAGCUACGGGAAGAGUUCCAGACACUCAACUCAGUGACUCCCCACUUGGAUGUGGAGGAGUGCAGCAUCGCCCUGUUGCCCAGAAACCGGGAGAAGAACCGCAGCAUGGAUGUUCUGCCGCCGGAUCGCGCCCUGGCCUUCCUGGUCACCACAGAAGGGGAGAGCAACAAUUACAUCAACGCUGCUCUCGCCGACAGCUUCCACCGACAGGCCGCUUUCAUCGUGACUCCGCACCCGCUGCCGGGCACCACGGCCGACUUCUGGAGGCUGGUCUUUGAUUACGGCUGCACGGCGGUAGUCAUGCUCAACCAACUCAACCAGUCCAACUCUGCUUGGCCGUCUGUUCAGUACUGGCCGGAGCCGGGUCUGCAGCAGUAUGGAGCCAUGGAAGUGGAGUUUCUGUCCAUGUCGGCAGACGAUGAUGUCAUCACUCGUCUGUUCCGGGUCAAGAAUGUCACGAGGCUCCAGGAAGGUCAGCUGGUGGUGUGUCAGUUCCAGUUCCUGCGCUGGUCUGCAUACCGCGAUGUCCCCGACUCCAAGAAGGCUUUCCUCAACCUGCUGGCUCAAGUGCACAAGUGGCAACGAGAGUGCGGAGAAGGACGCACAGCCGUCCACUGCCUUAACGGCGGCGGCCGCAGUGGAUCCUUCUGUGCCGCUAACAUCCUCAUCGAGAUGAUCCAGUACCAGAACAUGGUGGACAUCUUCUACGCCGUCAAAACUCUACGCAACUGCAAACCCAACAUGGUGGAGUCUCUGGAUCAGUAUCGAUUCUGCUACGACCUUGUCCUGGAGUACUUGGACUGCUUUGAGGGGAGAUAGCAACAAAAUGUUUCUCACAGCGGCAGUGAAGAUUCAAUUUGAGGCCACCCAGUGACCCUCCUCUACUUUCAUGUUCGGAUCUGUGGACUUGGAGUUGAAAGAACUGCAGAAAAAGAAGAGGGGGGGGGGG